UCCAGCACAUAGCAGCAACAGUUCACCCUGAACUUCACCAGAGCCCAGACCUACCUCUCCAUCGCCAUGAGUCAGAGUCCGGAAAGAAUCUCUUCCUACCGCCGCCACUUUGACGGCACCAGCAGCAUGGCUGUCCAAGUCAGGGUGUCCAGCCCAUCUCCCUCUCGGAGACAGGCUCAGCCUCGCUCAGCCAGCUACACCGCUAAUGCCACCAGCAGCUUGCGAGCUGGGAGCGUAAGCCGGAGGACCGCGUCGUCGACUCGCAGGUUCCCGGCGCCCGCCGUGAACUCCGCAGCCCUGUGUGUCGGCUAUGGAAUGGAAGCUCCGAUCGACCUGGACGCAGCCUCCGCGGACAACCAGGAGUUCAGGAGCACCCGCAGCAACGAGCGCCGGGAGAUGGUCGUCCUCAACGACAGACUGGCCGCCUACAUCGAGAAGGUCCGGUCCCUGGAGCAGCAGAACAAGCUUCUGGAGACGGAGAUCGAGGCCAUGAUUAACAGGUUCGUGAAGCCCUCCGGCCUUCGCAUGCUGUACGAGGAACAGCUGAAGGAGCUGAUGAGGAUUGCUGAUAAGAUGAAGAUCCAGCGAGACUUGGCCAUGGCUGCUAGGGACGCCAUGGCCGGGCAGCUGGAGAUCAUAAAGGACAGAUACCAAGAGGCAGUUGAGCAGAGGAAGCUGGCUGAGAUGGAUGUGGAAGCUUUCCGUCCGGAUGUGGAUGCAGCCACUGCCGCACGAAUCAGCUUAGAGAAACAGCUGGAGCAGCUGGAGGUGGAGAUCGAGUUCUUACAGAAAAUCCAGAAAGAGGAGAUCGCAGAGUUGUUGAAGCAGAUCUACGCUGCCCACACCAGUGCCCAAAGUGGUUUUGGCAUGCCCGAUCUUUCCGCAGUUCUGAAACAAAUCCAAGCUCAGUACGAUGACAUCGCAGCCAAGAAUAUGCAAGAGAUGGAUAGCUGGUACAGCUCUAAGUUCGAAGACCUAAACAACAAGUCCUCAGGGAAUGUGGACAAAGUUCGAAGCGUGAGAGAAGAAAUCACCAACGCUAAGAAGGAUAUCCAAAACAAAGAGAGGGACUUGGAUGUUCUGAAGACCAGGAAUGACGCCCUGGAAGCCCUGAUCCACGAAGCACAAGGCAGGCACAAGAAGGAACUGGGAGAACUCAACGCCAGGAUCCAGGCUUUGGAGAUGGAGUUGAAGUCCGUCAAAGAGAAAAUGGCUCUGCUUCUGCGUGAGUACCAAGAGCUCCUGAACGUCAAGAUGUCUCUCGAGAUAGAGAUCACAACCUACAGGAAGCUGAUCGAGGGCGAGGACUCCAGGCUCACCGGCAUGGUACAGAACCUAUCCCUGACUAGCAACAGCGUUAGCGCCUCUAGCGCUAGCAUGAGCUUUGGAAACGCUGGUAGCAUGGCGGUGAGUGGGGGUAGCACAGAAAGUAGGGCUGCUAAAAGCAAUGGUGCAGGUGUUAGCAACGGAGCUGGGGCCAGCGCUGGCACAGAGGCUAGCAGGGGUGUGGUCAUCAGCGCCGUGACCUCGGAGGAACAGGCCGUGGAGAUCACCGAGAGGAAGACGGUGCUGAUCAGGACCAUCAGAACCGAGGGGGACGUUCUGGAGCGAGACACACUGGAGCAGACCAUCACCACCUCCGGGGCGGCGGACGCCUCCGAGCUCGACCAGGCCUAGAGGACCCUGGGCCUCUCACCCCUUGACCCCUCCCCCAAGCUCCUCCCCUCCCC